UGGACCUAAACAUGGCUGCCGAUCUCAAGCUCGCUGCCUUCUGCCUCCUCGCCGUGGCAUCGCUUCCACUGCUCGCCGUCGCCGACUGCGAGUGCUCGGUUUCCGCCGAUGAGGACAGCGACAAGUCGAGGGCGCUCAAGCUCAAGAUCAUCGCCAUCUUCUCCAUCCUAGUCUCCAGCGCCGUGGGCUGUGCCAUCCCUUCGCUCGGCCGGAAGAUCCCGGCUCUCCGCCCGGACACCGACCUCUUCUUCGCCGUAAAGGCCUUCGCCGCCGGCGUCAUUCUCGCCACGGCCUUCGUGCACAUCCUCCCGGACGCCUUCGAAAAGCUCGGCUCGCCGUGCCUCGUCGACGGGCCCUGGCAGAAGUUGCCGUUCGCGGGGUUCGUCGCCAUGCUUGCCGCCAUCGCCACGCUUGUCGUCGACACCAUCGCCACUGGCUACUUCCAGCGCGCGCACGCCAAGAACGCUGCGGCUGUCGGAGACGUGGAGACUCCAGGCCAUCAUCACCAUGUCCAUGCCCAUGCGCACGGUGACCAUGGCCACAACCACGGUAUGCCUGCCUUGAUCGCGUCGUCGUCAUCGACUUCGAACACCGACGACCACGCACAGCUCAUACGCCACCGCGUCAUUUCACAGGUGCUGGAACUGGGGAUCAUUGUUCACUCGGUGAUCAUCGGGAUGUCUUUAGGGGCAUCUGAGAGUCCCAUCACGAUCAGACCGCUCUUGGUUGCAUUAACAUUUCACCAGUUCUUCGAAGGGAUAGGGCUUGGAGGAUGCAUUGUGCAGGCCAGAUUCCGUCUUAGGUCUGUUGUGACAAUGGCGCUCUUCUUCUCGCUCACGACGCCCGUCGGCGUGGCGAUCGGCAUCGGCAUCUCUUCGGCUUACAAUGAGAACAGCCCCAGGGCCCUGAUCACCGAAGGGGUCCUCACUGCAGCGGCCGCUGGUAUCCUGAACUACAUGGCCCUUGUCGACCUUCUGGCCGAAGACUUCAUGAACCCUAGGGUGCAGAACAGCGGGAAGCUGCAGGUCAUCCUCAAUGUCUCGUUGCUGCUUGGGACGGCGCUGAUGUCCAUGCUUGCUAUCUGGGCGUGAUUCGUGAACACUCGACAGGGUCGAUAUGGAAGAGAGGGGGAGUCGAGACAUCCCUCUUGAUAUUCUUCUUUUGGGUAAAUGUUUACUGCUACACGAUUUAUCACUUGUGUUGUUUGAUUCUUUCUUGAAAGGCUGAUUUGUAUUGUUUGUAAAAAAUACGCUGAUUAUACUACACAGUACAUAUAUAGUAAGUUGUAUGUAAUAAAAGUUCC